AUGCCGUCGAAGACGGUGUCGAGCAUAGCAGGAUACAGCGUGCUGCCGGUACGGCUGCCAGCAAGGCCAUCCUUUGACGAAGCAGCCACACAUUACCUGUACAUCCAGGCCCACGCACCACGAGAGCCAGACGCCGACUCGUCACGGUCACUGUUCGUGGUCAACAUCCCGACGACCUGCACGGAGACGCACUUCCGCCACCUGUUUGGCACUCAGCUGGGAUCCGGCCGCGUCGAGCGAGUGGACUUUCACUAUGGCAAGAAACAGCACCCUAUCGCCGCACCAGCACCGAUUGACGGCAACGACAGGAAGACGAAGACGAACCAGAGCAAGAAACGGAAACGCGAGGAGGAGACGGUGGAAGAGUGCGAGGCCCAGCUGGACGGGAUGUACCUGCCGCCCGCAUGGGACCGAGAGCUACGGCCCAGCGGCUCACAUGCGGUGGUUACCUUCGUCGACCGGCCCAGCAUGGAAGCCAGCCUGAAAGCGGUCCGGAAGAAGGCCGGCAAGACGAGUUCUUCCAGCAGCAGCAGCACAUCCGUAAUAGUAUGGGGCGAAGGGCUGGAGGACGGACAGAAGGUACCUGCACUGGGCCGGUCGCGAUACAGCAGACACCUGGGCGAAGGGCGCUAUCCUGGCCGGUCCGAGCUGCUGCAGCGCGUGAACGAGUACAUGGGCGUGCUGACGCGGCUGGAGGAAGCGCAGGAGCAAGCCGCGGCGAGACAGGGCGAGGUAGUGGACGAGGACGGCUUCGUGACCGUGGCGAGGGGGCCGAGGCAGGGCCAGCAGCAGCAGCGGCGGCGGCGGCGGGAGGAGGAGCUGCGGGCUCUGGCAGAGAAGCAGCGAGAGAAGAGUCGGGGGCUGGAGGACUUUUACCGGUUCCAGAUGCGGGAGAAACGCAAGGAGAGGCAGGGAGAGCUGCUGCGGCGGUUCGAGGAGGACAAGCGGCGUGUGGAGGAGAUGAAGAGCCGUCGCGGGAAGGUCGUAGUAAGUCUCUCUGCCUUGCUCUAUCUCUAUCUCUUACUGACUGUUCCAGCCGGAGUCAUGAUCGUAAGUCUACCUCUACUUCUUCUACUUCUUCUCCUACUUCUUCUUCUACUUCUACUUCUUCUCCUACAUGAUGAGUCUGCUGGGGGCCAGAGGAGCACUUUGUGCCAUUAUAGUGCAUGUAAGAUGAACGGCGACUCUGCUCUACCGGAGCAACGACAGCACCCCCUGCGGCCCGGGUCGAGCAAGGAGACAACGCUGCUCAACUGGGUCGAGGCGGCCGUCCUGCGCAUCAACCGCCGCCACGCAAAGAGGUUCAGCCGCUCCUUCACAGAGACGGACGCGGAAGAGACAAAGGACGCGGAAGAAGACGUGCCCGGCUACGACUCUUUCGGCGAGGUGGCCGUCGACGUCGACCGCGCCCUCGACGUCCUCUGGGUCAGCAACACGCCAUCGAUACAAGUGCCCUACAUGAUCAGCCUGGCGGGCCUGGUGAACAGCUACCUGCGCGACUUCCCAUGGCAGGCCAGGGAGACCUUCAGGCUGCUGGACAAGCUGGACGCGAUGUUCUCUGCGCUGCUGGCGGAAGCGAGCAUGACGGAGCGAGUGAGGAUCAAGAGCCUCGUCGAGGGGACGCGAGUGACCGUCUUUGACGUCAGAGACGAGGAAGAUGACGAUGACGAUGUAGAUGUAGACGCAGAAGUAGACGCAGAAGUAGACGCAGAAGUAGGACGGUGGAAGAUGGCGGCCGCGCGGGUCUACGAGCGGACUCUUUCUCUAGUCUAG